AUGUCUGUUAAAAAUGAUUCUAAGAACGGGAUUACUGAAUUUGUUUUUGCUGGAUUUGACAAUGUAGAAAGACCACUGACUGUUGGUGUGGUCAUGCUGAUAUUGUACAUACUUACUAUGAUUGCUAACACUACAAACAUAGGCUUUGUCAUCAUGGAUAAACACCUGCACCAGCCAAUGUACAUUUUUAUCUGCCACUUAGCAAUUGUAGACAUGGUCUACUGUACAAGUUCAUGUCCAACUAUGAUAAGUAUUCUUCUUGUUGGCUAUAAAACUAUAUCCUACAAGCCAUGUAUGGUUCAGAUGUUUGCCUUCCAUUAUAGUUCAUCAUUGGAGAUGUUUGCUAUUGCUGUCAUGGCAUUUGAUCGUUUUGUUGCUAUAAACAGACCGUUGCAGUACAAUUCCCUUAUGACAAAUUUCCGAUGUGUUUUAAUCAUUAUUUCACUCUGGUUGGUGGUAGCUUCUGUUUUAUCCAUGCUACCUGCUUCUAUUGCACCUCUACCAGUUUGUUACUCGACUGUAAAGUACAUGUUUUGUGACUAUGUAUCUGUUACAAGGGUAACUUGUGCAGAACCAGAGAAAUAUUUUAAUGAUGCAUUUAUUUUAACAACUUGUAUGAUUUUUGGAACAUUUAGUUUCAUCUGCUUAUCUUAUGUAAAGAUUGUUAUUGUUGUUUCAAGAAUGACCUCAAACUCUGACAAGAAAAAAGCCAUACAUACUUGCUUAAGUCAUAUUAUAGUCAUAUUUUGUUUCUAUGUACCCACUUUCACACGAAUCCUUAUCAGAAUUGGUGUAGUUUUAACACUGGAGGAACGAAAUGGCUUGAUGGUGGGGUCAAUCAUUGGCCCAUCUUUAGUUAAUCCUUUUGUAUACUGCUUUAGAACCAAGGAAAUCAGAAAUAAAUUAUUCAAAAUAUUUUCAAAAGUUCAACCAGUUGUAAAAAGAAAGCAGUGA